AGGCUGUAUUACAGCUCUCUAACCAGUCCCACAGCAUUGAAUGAUGUCAUGGGAUCUGCAGCUCAGCGAGAUGAAAGGGAUAAAGCGGAACCCGCUGGCACUGGGGAAAGCUUCCAACACACAAUCCACAACACAGCUUGGGAACUCAAAAGCUACAGAUCCAGCCACUCAACCCCAAGCAUUUCAGAAUCGUGUGCAUUCUCCCAGCACAAGGAACGAAAGAGGGGAAAGAGCUAGUGCAGAGCACUGAAAGGCAGAAUUUCAGUGCAACUACCUGCUGGAAAAGGAGCUCUUUUUCCUCGCCAAAGCACUGCCUUUGAUGAGGCAAAAGCAUUUAAUACAGAAGCUCCGGCGGUGUGAAAUUAAGCUGCAGAAACUCUGGCACUGGAAAACUUCAUCAGAUAACAGCAGGAGUUCUUUUACCAAGGUCUCCAAGACUGUAAUCACCAAUGUUGGAGCAUCGCUAACUUCAGAACAGCUCCUAAUUUGUGUCACACAGCAGUGAGCACUUUCCCUUCUCUUGUUUCUUGCCCCUGGGGCACUGACUCUGCUGAAGCCAUCUGCCACUCCUUGUUUUAUUGCGAGCAGUUGACAGCUGCGGGUGGGAAGUAGGUGGUUAGAAAGGAGCUGAGACCCUGUUUGUUGGGUACCAGAGACCUCUGUUGGCAAGAUAAGAUGAUUAUAUUUCCAUCCCUCUUCCCUACCCUGGACUUCUCAGAGUACUCUGCCAGUGUUAUAGAGCGGGUGAAAAGUGGUCGUCAAGUAAAAAUAUCAAAUCAAAUAUGGGAAAUUUCUAAGACCUGGUUGUGAAUUAACUGGGAAUUCACAACUUCAAGUUAAGUGAAUGUGAAGUUGGGACUCUUCACCAAUUCUAAUUCCCUUAGAAGGUGGAUGAUAUUGAUUUCAAAGUUUUGACGCUUCCGUGUCUGAGAAACCUGCCAGUGAGCCAUAAUUUAGUCAUGCUGCUUUGAUUCUUGAGACGGUGUGUCUUUCACGGUGGAAAUUUAAGUUUUUUGGAGAGAAAAAAAGAAAUCUUUUUUGGACAUGGACUUUGAAAUAAUAUGAGUACUAUUCAAGCAAGCUGGUAAAUGUAAGAGUAAAUUUUAGAUUGCAAUGGAUUCUAGAGUCCUAAAAGGCUGGAAGUUCUUACUUCCACCAUGUUUCUAAUUUAUUUUUUGAUAUUACCCUCUUUAUGCUUAUGCAUAGUGGGGCCCAAAUGACCUUAAAAUUAUGCAACCACAUUUCCUAAUUCAAGCUCUCUAUCCUGAGUUCAGUACAUUACCAGUAAUGAUUGCUUUUCCCUGAGUAUUUUAGGCAAGCAUAUUACUGCUAACCUAGUAAGAUGUAUUUGGAAUUAUUUAGUGACCUCAAAAAACUCUGUCCACAGGUUUCUUUCUUCUAAUAAAAUUGAGUAUAACUGAACUUGGCAUUUUAAAUAUCAGUAUCUGGACAAGAGCAAAUAGUCUUUAAAGGGAGAAAGGUUUAAUUGCAAGAAAUGGAUGCUGAAGGAUUACAAGGAGAUGAUAAAGUGAAGGUGCUUGUCAUUUUACUAGCAUGUUUGCUGAGUAAGGUAAUUUGUGAGACUGGAGACUGCAGAGAACAAGAAUUUAGGGACCAGACUGGAAACUGUAUCCUCUGCAAACAAUGUGGGCCUGGAAUGGAACUCUCAAAAGAAUGCGGCUUUGGAUAUGGGGAGGAUGCACAGUGCAUGACAUGCAGGCCAAACAGAUUCAAGGAAGACUGGGGCUUUCAGAAGUGCAAGCCGUGUCUGGAUUGUGCAUUGGUUAACCGGUUUCAGAAGGCCAACUGCUCUGCCACCAGCAAUGCACUGUGUGGUGACUGUCUACCAGGAUUUUAUAGGAAGACUAAGCUUGGAGGCUUUCAAGACAUGGAAUGUGUUCCUUGUGGUGAUCCUCCUCCCCCCUAUGAGCCUCACUGUACCACCAAGGUAAAUCUUGUGAAGAUCCCUUCAGCUGCUUCCAGUCCUCGAGACACUGCUCUGGCAGCUGUUAUCUGCAGUGCACUUGCAACAGUGCUCUUGGCUCUUCUCAUCCUUUGUGUUAUCUAUUGCAAGAGGCAGUUCAUGGAGAAGAAACCAAGCUGGUCUCUGAGAUCACAGGACAUUCACUACAAUGGCUCUGAGUUAUCAUGCUUUGACAGACCACGGCUAAGUGAAUAUGACCACAGAACGUGUUGCCAGUGCCAAAGAAGUACAUCACAGACAUGUGGACCAGUUCACUUGAUUCCCUCACUGUGCUGUGAUGAAACCUGUAGCAUGGAGCACAGCAGUCACAGUUGUGCUUUCCACUCACAGACCACGCUCAAUGAAAGAGCUUCUGAUUCUGUUGGAGAAAUGAUUCCUGCUUUCCUUGGUUCUCUUUCACACUCUACCUGUGGAGACAUUCCAGAUGCUUGGCCUCUUAUGCAAAACUCAGCUUGUUGUGACAGCAUUUCUGUCUGUGAAUCAUAUUCAGAACUGGCUGGAGGAUCUGCAAAAUCCUGCAGCCCUGAGACUGAAAAUGCAGCCACUGUUGAAUUGGAUAGUAACCAGGAACUAAGUGAAGUACUUAUUUCAGCUAAGUCUCUUGAUGGAAAUGUUGCAAAGUCCUUUGAAAUCUCCGAACAUAGAACGUACACAGAAGCUUCAUCGCUUCAGAACUCGGUGACUGCUGAAAGCCAGCCAAAGACAAAGUGUAAUGGAACAACAAAUGACUCUACAGACUGAUAAAGAGGGACUGGAGCUAUUUCUCUCGGCACUAAAGCUGAAUGGUUCCCUUACACUCCCCUGCUUGAUUCUCAUCAAACUUAGUCUGGUCUUCAGCAUUGCAUGGUUUCCAAACCAGCUGGGCAAAAAUGGCAUCAUUUCACACCUUCUGAGCAUUGUGUGUGAGCUGUAACAGCAGUGAAGUUAAACUUCAAGGAGCAUCCUAUGAGGACCCUGAAAGUGGAUUUAUGACCUUUUCAAUCUCUCUUUCUAUUUCCUCAGAGUCUCAAAAUAUCUGAGAGAGCUUAAUAGUAUAUGUAAAUACAGCAAGAAAUAAAAAUACUUCAGUGUAUUUAGGGGGGGUCUCAAAUAUGGCUACAGGUGUCAGAAGAUGUGGGACAACACAGGGUCAGUUACUCUGCCUGCAGAUUUGUGCAUGCAUUAGGAUUUUUUUUCUGCUGGUUCUAAUUUUAAAUAAUAUUCCUGCUAUUGAAGGACAUAAAAAAAUCCAUUUCUGUUUAUAAAAGGAUCACCUAUUAAUAAGCUCAAGCUUUUUCUAUGUAUUACAUUAUAGUCAAUAAGCUAGUUUGGGGAGUUAGAGAAUUAGCAUGUUACAGUAUGUGUGGUUGAAGUCCCCUCCAUCCAGUUAUUACAUUUUUGGGAGGUGGCAUUGUUCUGUUAAGUGUAGCAGGAGAUUAGCUGUAAGUUAGAUUUAGUUUAAUGAAGGUCAGACAUAUAGAUAAGGACAUUGUGUUUAAUUAGUAGUCUCAGUAUUGGAAAACAGCACUUCUUAUUAUAGCAUAUAAUUUUGAAUGUUGAAAUAAUUGUAAUCAAUUGUCAAAUCAAAAUGUCAGAUUACAGCAGGUGUGCCAUGAAAG